AUGUCUUCGCCAUCUUUCUCGAGCCUACCAAAAGAGGUUCACCUGGAGAUCGGAAACUUUUUGAGACCCUCUGAGAUGGCAGGGAUUAUCGUCGCAUCAAAAUCCAUGCGUAAAGGCUACGCAGCGUCAUUCUUUCAUGACGUGUCUUUCAGGGGAACUCAGGGAGAUCUUGUGGGGGAAUUGGCUGCAUUUCUCGUCGCAAACAAGACCCAGGCAACAACUAGGGACGUCGUUGUCCCCGCCAUCAAGUAUAUAACCAUCGAGAUUGAGCCCGAUGUUCCCUCCCCUGUUCUGGAAAUCGGGUUGAUACUCCCACGGCUUAUCUCCAGCUGCUUUCGGGUUAUGAAAAACCUUCAGGGGAUCCAGCUCGACUUCUGGUGGCUUACAGACUUCCAGAAAGAUGAGUUGUGCGAUAGGUGCGCGGGCCUGCCUGUAUGGAAUAGUCUCCGGUCAAUCAACAUGGAGAACGAAGCCGACCCAGAGCUUCUGGCUAUCCUGGUUAGCAAGACUCGUCCGGAGUCAUUCACCGGACUGCAGUUCGGGGGCCAGACCGAAUUGCAGGCCGCCAGGCAGUGCUCACCUUUCCUCCAACGAUUGGUGGUACCAUUCAAACUCCCCGCUUCGACAGAUGUUGUUGGCCACUCGAGGUUUGCCUCCAACAGAACCAGCCUAUUGACGCAAUUUGGCCGGUUGGAAUGGUUGGUUCUGACGCCAACCCAUGUCAAACCACUGUCAAUCGACACGAUCCGCGAGGAUCCCAAGGUGCUCUUAAAUGUACUCGUGAAGGAGCUCUCCAAGUUGCCUUACCUCAAGCGGCUGGGGCUGACGUUCCCGAGUCUAAUCCUCGCGGAACAUCAACCCGGGGUCCCGGGGACUGGUGUGGGUUUGCCCGCUGUCGAACACUAUGUUCGGCAGUGGAACGAGCAGAUCUUCGCCAGGAUCCCUGCCCUACAGCAGGUGGCCUUCAUUCAUGAAGACAUUGUGUUGAGGGCAGUAAGGGAGGCGGAUGCCACCAUUCGUUUCUCAAUCGAGAGCGAUUUGGAUCGGCAUGCGUUUCCCUUUGGGACUCUAUACUGA